GCAAACCAAAUGACGGAGAUAGGCUGGAUCAUUUUCGCCCACGUGAUGUUCAUCACCUGCGUUCAAAUAAACAACGCUGGCCAAUCAGAACCGCAUUAUAGGUGGACGACGCUCGACUGGCUGGAGGCCCACAACGUAAGCCAUGAACUGCAUAAUGUGACUACCGCGGAUGGCUAUCAGCUGCAGCUGCAACGACUGCCGCGGCCCGGGGCACGCACUGUGCUGCUGGUCCAUGGACUGCUGGGAUCCUCGCUGGGCUGGGUCUGCCUAGGGCCCGACAAGAGUUUGGGUGGGCGAGUAUGCCCUUGUGCCUGGGUAUCCAACUAAGCAUUGGGCAGCUUUUCAGCUGC